GGCCCUGGCAAUACAUUAUUGAAUACAUUAGCGCUUACAAAUAACAACAGUGAUUUGGUUGACGUUUUCAUGGAGGGGCACUGCUGACACUUGGAGUCCAUGGAGUCCCAGGAGGAGAAGCCGAUAAUAUACACAAUGGAAAACAAACCGAUUGUGACAUGUGCCGGAGAUCAGAUGCUUUUCACAGCCUUGUACAACUCACUGGCACAGCACCUGCCCAGAGAACCCAUGGAGUGGAGAAGGUCGUAUGGACGCGCACCAAAGAUGAUUCACCUAGAGGCCAACUUUGUCCAGUUCAAAGAGGAACUGCUUCCCAAAGAAGGAAACAAAGCCCUCCUCACAUUCCCCUUUCUGCACAUAUACUGGACAGACUGCUGUGACACAGAGGUGUACAAGGCCUCGGUGAAGGAGGACAUCGUGCGCUGGCAGAGCCUGCUGCGGGUGCACGGCACGGUGGACUGGCUCAUCGUGGUGGUGGAGAACGACGGGAAGAAGAAGAACAAGACCAACAUCCUGCCCCGCACCUCCAUCGUGGACAAGAUUCGCAACGACUUCUGCAACAAGCAGAGCGACAGGUGUGUGGUUCUGUCGGACCCCCUGAAGGAGUCAUCGCGGUCCCAGGAGUCGUGGAGCUCCUUCCUGACCAAGCUGCGCACCCUGCUGCUCAUGUCCUUCACUAAGAACCUGGGCAAGUUCGAGGACGACAUGCGCACGCUCCGGGAAAAACGCACCGAGCCCGGCUGGAGCUUCUGCGACUACUUCAUGGUGCAGGAGGAGCUGGCCUUUGUGUUCGAGAUGCUGCAGCAGUUCGAAGACGCUUUGGUUCAGUAUGAUGAGCUGGAUGCCCUCUUCACUCAGUAUGUGCUCAACUUUGGAGCUGGAGACGGCGCCAACUGGCUGGGCUCGUUCUGCCAGCCGGUGCGCAGCUGGAACGGGCUGGUCCUGCGCAGGCCUAUCGACAUGGAGAAGCGGGACCUGAUCCAGUGCGGGCAGGCCAGCCUGCUGGACCUGCGCAGCUACCUGUUCUCCCGCCAGUGCACCCUGCUGCUCUUCCUGCAGCGUCCCUGGGAGGUCACGCAGCGCGCCCUGGAGCUGCUGCACAACUGCGUCCAAGAGCUGCGGCUGCUGGAGGUGUCUGUGCUGCAGGGGGCACUGGACUGCUGGGUGUUCCUCAGCUGCCUGGAGGUGCUGCAGAGAAUCGAGGGCUGCUGUGAUCGGGCCCAGCUGGAGGCUAACUGCUCCCACACUGUGGGGCUGUGGACCUACGCCACCGAGAAGCUAAAGUCUUUGGGCUACUUGUGUGGCCUGGUGUCAAAGAACGGGCCAGACUCUGAGGACCUGAACAGAACUGUGGACCUACUUGCUGGCCUGGGGGCGGAAAGACCCGAAACAGCCAGCAGCCUGCAGAGCCCAUACAAAAAACUCAAAGAAGCCUUAUCUUCUGUGGAAGCGUUUGAAAAACACUAUCUGGAGCUCUCGCACGCCGCCAUGGGGAUGUACAAAACCAUCGGCAGGACGCGAUCAGCCCGGCUGGUGGGGAAGGGUCUGGCCGAGUUCUACAUGAGAAAAGGGGACCCCCAAAGUGCAGAAGGUUUCCUUCAGGACUCUCUGAAGAGCUACAUGUCUGAGGGGUGGAGUCUGCCUAUCACCCACACCAGGAAGCAGAUUGCAGAGUGUCAGAAUCAGCUGAACCAGACAGAGGACUAUCUCCAGACAAGUGCCCUGCUGGCCAGCGACGCUAACCUGACCGACGAGGAGCGGAAGCACUUCUGUCAGGAGAUCCUGACCUUCGCCAGCCAGAUGCGGGACAACCAGGUCCCGAAGGUGGUGCUGGGCAUGAGCGCGUUCGCGCAGCUGCGGCAGAUGCAGUUCCGGCCGGCGGCCGCGGUGGUGCACGUGGGCGCCGCCCUGCAGCUGGAGCUGCGCCUGCGCAGCCUGAUGCCCGUGCCCGUGCGGCUGGAGCAGCUGGCCGCCAGCGUGCACUUCAGCCUGGAGAAGGGCGGGGCCCGGGGCAGGGCGGCGGGGGCGGGAGCCCCGCGGCGGGCGGGGCAGGGGCAGGACGGCUCUGCCGGAGCGGUGCAGUUUGCCAGGGAGAGCUCGUCUGGAGUGCCCCCUCGCCCCGCGCCCCCUGCGCUGGAGCUGUACGAAAUACAGGACCGCAGCCCCUCGGACAACGUGCUCAACUCCACGGGCGUGGUCUGCAAGAACGUGCACCUGGUGCUGCGCAGGCAGGACAGCUCCGCCUCCCUGGACACGCCCAGCUCCACCGCCGUUGCCGUGGAAGAGGGGGCUCAGCUGCUGAAGACCCACGAUGUGACGCUGGUGCCCGGCAACAACAGCAUCCUCUUCACGGCUCCCAGUCGAGAGCCAGGCACCUACACGCUACGGCAGCUGUGUGCGACAGUCGGCCACGUGCAGUUUGUCCUGCCACAUAUCUACCCCAUCGUUCAUUACGAGGUGUACUCCCAGGAGCCCCAGCUCACCGUCGAGCCCCUCGCAGACAACCUGCUGGCAGGUCUCCCCCAGAGGGUGAAGUUCACCAUCGUCACAGGGCACUACAGCAUCAAGAAGGGAGACGCCCUGCAGCUGAGCAACACAGACGCCAUGCCCGUCCUCCACUCCUCCACCUGCUCCGCCUCCAUCCUGUCCAGCAGCGGAGAGCCUGUGAGUGAGAGCGUUCUCUCCAUCCAGUCCUCUGAGAAGGUGACCAGCAUCUGCCUGCCCCUCGCCCCUCCCUACCACACCAUUGAGUUCCAGCUGGAGGUGAUGUGCCACAUCCCAGCGGCCCCGCCCCGUCCCGAAACGGAAAGGCUCACCAACGGGGAGAUCUGCCACCGCAACAAGAGCAGAAACAGGACCAACAGUGGCGCGUCCACCAUCGACCAGAAGAUCUCCAUCGAUUGUCCCUGGUCAAUUUACUCUACGCUUGUAGCACUGACAUUCUGCAUCCCCUUUAAAGCCAAGCACUCACUGCUGUCUGCUGGGAAAAGGAAAUACAUUCAGGUGUGUAUACAGAACGUUUCGGAGAAGAACUUCUACCUGGUGGACCAGAGCCUGACGGAGCGGCAACAGGUGUCUUCGCUGGAGCUACAGUGCCUUAAUGGCAAGGCAAAGAGGCUCUUGUACAGUAAGCAAUCACUCUUCUGCCUGUGGGAGAUGAAGUGGACCAAAGAGCCGCCGCCCUGUCUGCAGUGCCUGUUCUCCAUAAGCUUCUCACCAGCUGACGUAGAGGAUUCUGCCUACAAGACGUUCUGCUCUGAGUUCCAGCUGGAGAAUGUGUCUACGCUGUACAGUCUGAGAGCAGAUAUCAGGCCGGCAGCUGGCACAGAGCACUGCCACACUGGCUCCCUCUGUGGGCUGGAGGUGUCCAUCACACGCCUGGCGGAGCUGUGCGAGGCCGAGCGGGAGGACAUGGCGCUGACAGAGACGGACGGGCAGUGUACCACCAAGCUCAUGUACGAAGUGGUGGAUAACAGCAGUAACUGGGCGGUGUGCGGGAAGAGCUCUGGCCUCGUCUCCAUGCCCGUGACAGCCAGCGCCACGCAGAAGGUGCAGAUGGAGGUGAUGCCCCUGUUUGCCGGGAACCUGCCUUUCCCCAAAAUCAGGCUGUUCAAGUACCUGCCCCACUAUGCCACACCCGCCAUCCAGCUAGACACAGACAGCUGCAUUGAGAAUGAUAACAUCUCGCUGCUGGACGAGCAGGCGGCGGACAGCAGCAGCAUCCGCAGCCGCGGCAGCGUGCACUCGCUGGGCGGGGCCGAGCAGCAGCGUGGCCUGCCCAUGCCCCGCCUGGAGCCCUUCGGCUCGGGGCAGGUCUUCAACAGCAGCCGGGGCCGGCAGGUGCUGGUGCUGCCCAGCAAGGACGAUCACGUGCUGGAGGUCAACGUCACGUGACGGCCGCCUGGCCCGACCGCCUGGCCCGCCUCACCCCGGGCCCGCCUCACCCUGGGCCCUGGUGCGGUCGCGCCCCCGGGACCAGGCAGGCGGAUCUCCGCUCCGGACUCGCGGGUCGGGCUCCGGGCGCUCGGGUGAACCCUGCCGUAACUGCGGACAUCACUGGAUCCAGAGACGCCCGUCCUCUGUUUCUCCAUUUCAUUCGGUGCGCUUCAUUUUCCUCUCCUUCUCAUUGGGACCUUAAAACUGUGCUGCUCACUGGCUCCCUCUCCCUGUCGAGGAGGGAAGUGUCUUUCUGACUGUAGCUUUUCCAAUUGGCUCCCUCCUCCUGGACCCUGAGAGACGGUCAGAGCUAUCCCAGGGUGCAUUGCUUCCGCACAGCCGCCUGUGCUUCGCCUCUUUCUGCUUUCCCUGCAGUUCAUGCUGAAGCCCUUCUGAGAUAAGAGGCCUUACCCAGACCUCCCUUUCUACCACUAAUAUGUGGUACACACAAGCACCAGCCCUCUUGUAGAGGUGUGUGUGUGUGCGUGCGCACGUCUGUGUGUAUAUGUGUACAUGUGUGUUUUUGAUUGAGAGGAGAGGGGAGAAGAGUCUCCUGGAAGCAGGAGGACUGCACGGUGACGUGGCCGUGCGGGUUGGGGUCGGGGGGAGUGCUUUAGUCCUGCUGUAAUGCCGCUGUAUGUCUGAAAAAAGAGAUGAGCUGCUGCCUCUACACCCCCACAGGCCCCAAUGCUGAGCCCUGCUGUGCUCCCUCUGCCUACUGUACAUACUGUUAUAUACAUAGAUAUUAUUUCAAGAGUUAAAACAAUCACUGUACUGUCUGUAUGGAUUUCACCAAAAGAGGACAGUUUGACCUGGGUAUAAAUGAGUUUAUGAGAAUACGGUUCUCUGCUCUGCUUUAGUCUGAGAGUCACUGUGGAAGUGCUUCAUGAAAACUCUUUUCCAGCCUACCAGAUUUUUUUUCCUGUAUUUGUUUCUAUAUUAUUUAUGUUUGAGUGUUUUCAAAGCUUUUGUUCCUCUGCAAAGCCCUGAGGAGUUUUUCCCCACACUGCCAGUGUUGUGAUCACAGUAGAGCCGUCCCACUGUCGGCUCACGAGGUGAAUGAAAGUGUGCUGUGAUGACGGAGUGUGUGUAGUGUAGUGCAGUGAUGUGGCGGUAUGUUGUGUAAUGUGGUGAUGUGAGGGAGUGUGUGGUGUGACAUAAUGCUGAGGGAGUGCGUGGUGUAACGUAGUCAUUAGGGAGUGUGUUACGGGGAUGUGAGCGUGUGUUACGGUUAUGUGGGAGUGUGUGGUGUAGAACAGUAAAGAUGUGGCGUGGUGCCGUUUCAUGGGGAGGGACAGUGUGGCGAAAGGCUGCAGGGCCGAGGCUGGUCAGUGAAACAGUGAGAGUGUGCAGUGUUGUGCAGUGAAGCUGUGAGACCCGGCCACGUCUGUGACGAUGUACAGGAGCCUGUGAGGGUCUCGGAACCUGAGGCCGUGUGUACGUGUUUCCCUCAAUCGUGUCAAUGUCGCUGUGUUAACUUCAGGGUUUAAGAGUCGUUUAAGUCCGAGACGACUCCCGCUACCGUCUUUGGAGUGGCCCCAUGCUCAUGUUCUGUAUACACUUGGUGGAGAUAAAGGGUAGCCUGACCCUUAAAUCACACUACAGUUAAUCACAGUCCUUCAGCAGAGGUUUUUCCUGAUUGUUUUUUUUUUUUCCCUCAUGAAAAGGUAUAAUGCUAUGCUGUCCUUUUGUCCAGUACACAGGGCUUCAGUCCUUUUGUACUUCAUAUUUUCAUAGGUU